GACCUGCUGCAGUUUAGUCAACGAAAUACUAGUGCUGGAUAAAGAUCGUUUCGAGAGAUAUUAUGACGUUUCUUUGACAUUUAAGACCUUUAUGUCCUAACAGAACCCGAGUAAAGUCUGACCUGACAGAGGUUAUGAUGAAUUAGCAUUAGCUGAGUGAUAUUCUUCAGACAGUGUGUGACUGACACCAAGAACUGGUACGAGGGACUUUGGUGCUUCUAACGUUAGCUAGCACAACAACUUAGCUAAACGUUUUGAGUCGACCUUACUGCUGCGACAGUUGUUGUCUGGCGUCGGCGUUAGCCGUCAGCUGUCGUGUGGCUGCUGCUGUUAGCUCAUGUGUAGCUACAGUUAUUGCCUCCCAGUGGUGGAAAAAGUAUUCAGAUCUUUUAACGAUUCUUGUGGUAGUUUGAGAUCCUUCAGGGGCUCUCAAAGCAGCAUGGCCCCCAAAGACAUCAUGACCAAUUCCCAUGCCAAAUCCAUCCUCAAUGCAAUGAACUCACUUCGCAAAAGUAACACACUCUGUGACAUCACUCUGAGGGUGGAGAACACAGAUUUUCCAGCUCACCGGAUUGUCUUGGCUGCCUGCAGUGACUAUUUUUGUGCCAUGUUCACCAGUGAGCUUGCAGAAAAGGGGAAAUCUUUUGUUGACAUUCAGGGACUCACUGCAUCAACUAUGGAGAUCUUAUUGGACUUUGUCUACACAGAGACUGUGCUUGUCACAGUGGAAAAUGUACAAGAACUUCUCCCUGCGGCCUGUUUGUUGCAGCUUAAAGGGGUGAAGAGAGCAUGCUGUGAUUUUUUGGAAAGCCAGCUUGAUCCUUCCAACUGUCUGGGUAUUCGUGACUUUGCCGAAACUCACAAUUGCCUUGACCUGAUGCAGGCCGCCGAGCUCUUUUCCCAGAAGCAUUUCUCCGAGGUGGUUCAGCACGAGGAGUUCAUGCUGCUGAGCCAGACAGAAGUUGAAAAGCUUAUAAAAUGUGAUGAAAUACAGGUGGACUCGGAGGAGCCUGUAUUUGAAGCUGUGUUAAAUUGGGUUAAACACAACCGAAAAGAAAGGGAGCCCUACCUGCCUGACAUGCUGGAGUUUGUUCGAAUGCCACUCCUUACCCCCCGCUACAUUACAGAUGUCAUUGAUGCUGAGCCUCUCAUUCGGUGUAGUCUGCCAUGUCGAGACCUCGUUGAUGAAGCCAAAAAAUUCCACUUAAGACCAGAGCUGAGGAGUGAGAUGCAGGGCCCACGCACACAAGCCAGAUUAGGUGCCAAAGAAGUCCUGCUGGUUAUAGGUGGGUUUGGCAGCCAGCAGUCUCCUAUUGACAUAGUUGAGAAGUAUGAUCCCAAAACUCAAGAAUGGACCUUUCUACCUAAUAUUGCACGGAAAAGGCGUUACGUGGCUACAGUGUCUCUACACGAUCGAGUUUAUGUAAUCGGAGGCUAUGACGGCCGCUCCAGGCUCAGCUCUGUGGAGUGCCUGGACUACACAGCGGACGAGGACGGGGUUUGGUACACCGUCGCCACCAUGAAUGUGCGUCGUGGCCUUGCUGGUGCCACAACACUUGGAGACAUGAUCUAUGUGGCUGGAGGCUUUGAUGGAAGCAGGCGUCAUACCAGCAUGGAGCGAUAUGAUCCCAAUAUUGACCAGUGGAGCAUGCUGGGAGAUAUGCAGACAGCUAGAGAGGGAGCUGGUCUGGUGGUGGCAAGUGGCCUGAUAUACUGUCUAGGUGGAUACGAUGGGCUAAACAUCUUGAAUUCAGUGGAACGGUACGACCCACACACAGGACACUGGACCAGUGUCACGCCCAUGGCUACGAAGCGGUCAGGGGCUGGCGUGGCUUUACUCAAUGACCACAUUUAUGUAGUGGGAGGAUUUGAUGGUGUUUCACACCUCGACUCUGUGGAGGUGUACAACAUCAGGACGGACUAUUGGACAACUGUAGCCAGCAUGACGACACCUCGGUGUUACGUUGGAGCAACCGUCCUCCGAGGGCGACUGUAUGCCAUUGCCGGAUACGACGGGAACUCUCUCCUCAGCAGUAUUGAAUGUUAUGACCCGGUUAUCGACUCCUGGGAGGUCGUCACUUCCAUGGCGACCCAACGGUGCGACGCAGGCGUCUGUGUUCUGCGAGAGAAGUGAUAUUAAAAAAAAAAAAACAAGAACCACAAGUGGAAAAGCAAGCAGGACAGGCAGCUAGACUAUGCUAAUAUGCCACUAAAGCAGAACCAUAAAGGGAGAUGUUUGUUUGCCAGUAUGCAAAUAAAUACUCUGGAAAUAGGGGAAGAUGAAAAAAAAGUAGGCUCAGCAGUUGGGCUUCCUUCUCUAUUGGAUGGUUCAUCCGCCGCCAGUCAGACUGUACUACAGAGAUUCAGCCUUGCCAUGGUAGACUUCACUUCACCUCCAAGGAGCCCAUCACCUCUUGCAUGACUCUUCGGUGGUUCUUGUGUCUGUCGUUACCUGUGAGAUUAUUUUUUCAGUUUGUCUUAAAAGUGCAAUAUAUUUUUAUUCAUCAGAAGUAAAGAAUGGAGCUGGUUGAGACUCCACUUGCUGCUAUUUGCCUUAUCACGUCAGCCUAAAUCAAACAGUGAACUUGUUGCCUCCCAUUUCACUGAUAGUUAAACGAUAUUUGCUUAUUAUCAAGUGAACUCAUUUGGCAUCUAUGAGGUUGUAAAAGUGUCAAUAAUUUGACACCUUUCUGUGUUUUUAUAUUCAAAUCACAAACGGUUUAAUACUUAUUGGUUUUCUCAGAAUAUGUAUGUAAAGAUAAAUAUUGUUUUAGAAAAUGACUGAAUUGUACCACUUGAUUCUUUUGUUCUUCAGUUUGGCAAAAUUGAGAAAUGAAAGUAUAAAAUAAAAGGUGCAUGUGU